UUGCUAAAAUAUUAAUUAAAAAGGACCCAAUCUAUUAUAUCACUUCGCAAUCAACGUGCGGCCUAAUUGUGUUAUCAAGAAUCAACAGCGAUGGAUAAGGACACGGGGAAAAUGCCUAAAUUCGACCCGAAUACGGAAGCGUUUCAGAUGAGAGCUCAAUGGAAGAAGGCUGAAGCGUGCAGCAAACAAUGGGCUGAACUCUGGAGCUGGUUACUGGAUGAGCAAAGUCGGGCCUUGAAAGAAUCGAAGGCUAUACGAGAAGAAGCAGCUGCAGAACUUCCUCGUGCAAUAGGCAAAGCGGAGACAAAGAAAAGUCUUAAACCGGUACCAGUCACCUCCACUGGAUUUAUUGGGUGGAUUGCUUCCAAACCUGACUGUCAACUGGAAAUAUAUACGCCGUGGCUUACGCAUAUUCCCUUGAGACUACCUGAUGCCUGGGAAUGCAAGAAUUAUGAAGCUUACAAAUCAUAAUCUAAACAUUUGAUUUUAUGUUUUUAAAAUUAAAAAUAUAUCCAAUUCA